AAUGAUUGAGAUUAAAGAAAAGGGAGUAACAAGUUUGGAAUUAAGCAAGUAUUUGAUAAAGCGUUUAAAUUUUCAUGAUUGGAAAACUAUUAGCAGGUUUGAAUUAUUCGGAUAUAUUGAAAAAUAUUGAUUAUAUACUUUAUACUAUAACAUGUCAGGCGAUUGUUUAUAAUAGGUAAAAACUCUCAACUUACGAUUGGAAACAUCUGAAUACUCAUGAGAAAGAGCUGCGAGUAGUUUGGUCUCCGAGUCAACCACCAUCACCAUCGAAAGCGAUGUGUGAAUUUUCCUCUGGUGAUUCUAGUCCUUGUGAUGAUGAUCAAUAUUAAGCUAAAAUAGAAUUCAUAGGUACAAAAUUAUCGAUUCGUGAAAUAUGCAAUUCUGUUCUCAAUUCUAAUUGCUAUGAAAUUCGGAUUUUUGAACCUACAAAAACAGGAAAAUAUGAAAAGUUUAUCUUUUUUAUAUCUACCUAGAAUCCCACAGGAAUGGUAAAAUCAAAGAGACAUCAUACUUUUUAAUUAUGAUCCAACCCUUGAAGUUUGUUAAGAUAAACAUUCCAUAAAGAAGUAUUUAAAAGAAAAGUAAGUUUAUAUAAUUAAAUAUAAUUAUUAAAUAGAUUCAAAGAGUACCUAUUUAUCACAAUUGAAGAAGUUCAAAAGAUUUAUUUGGCAGGAGAAUAAGCAUACAUCAUAAAAAUAAAUGAAGAUAAAUCCGCUCAAUUCUUUUAUUACAAUAUGAGUAAGAAUCAACCAAAACACAAGAAAUACAUUGGGGAGAAUUUUUAAGUAUGUUUUAGGAUUUUAUCAUUAAGGUGGGGAUAUUACGAAAGAUCAGAGACAUAUAAGUUUCAUACAGAGUGAUAAUGAGAUUCUUACCGAAUUAUUUCGUCAAGGAAAAAGUAGAGAGCAUUAUCUACGAAAGAAGAUAUGAGAAAUAUUAGAUUGACUUUAGAUAAUUGAGAGUAGAAGAGUUAUUUGAAUGUAAUAUUUAAAAUCUAUUUUUAGUUGAAGGAUGCAAAUAUGGAAUUAUUUACUGUGAUGAUUUGAAAUCUUCAUAAUAGAUUGUUGAUCUGCUGAAUAAGUAACAUUAAAACAUUAUAGAUAAAUAGGUAUUUCUUUGAGAGAAAAAUCUCUUAGCCAGAAAUAAUUGCAAUCAAUGAAGAGGGAAAAAGCAUAUCUUCAGUAUCUAAUCGAUAAGAAUAUUAAAAUUUCUUUUAAAUGAGUUAUGAUACGUAGAAAGUGAUGAGAUAAAUAUUGCAAUAAGAAAUUGAUAAGGAAAUCUAAGAGAAAUAAGAGAGAAUAGAAAAAUAGGAAAGAUUAGAAAAAUUGGAAAGACAGGAAAAAUACGAAAAGGAGAAGUAAGAAAAAGAGAAAGAGAAAGAAAAAUAACAUAGUGAAAAAAGUAUCUUUAAUAAUAACGAAAGAAAAAUACAAUUAAGAUAUUAUAAUUAGCACUGUAGAACUUAAUAGUAGUAAAUAGUUUGAACGAU